UCUCUCUCUCUCCCUCUCUCUCUCUCUCUCUUUCUUUCUCUCUUUCUCUCUUUCUUUCUCUUUCUUUCUCUCUCUCUCUCUCUCUCUCUCUCCCUCUCUCUCUCUGCGAUAAAAAUUAAAAUUUAUUGCUUUGUGAUAAUAAGCAAGAUAGUAACAAACUCAACACUAUUACACUGACAUGAAAUUACAACGAAUUCCACUCUACCUUAAAUUAUAAAAUAUACUCAACUAUUUUCACAUUGGCCUAGGAAUAAAUGAUGUAAAAAAAGAAAAAGAAGAAAUUAUAUUGAAUCCAUGCUGUCUUGAAAUCCAUAUGGAUUACAUCUCGACGAGCACAAAUAAAAGAUAUUAUGUAGCUUAUUUAGUAUUGUAAAUUAGGUUUUAUACCGUGUAAUGUGUGUAAUUUAAAUGGAAGUACUGACAUGAUAAAUCAAAAUUUAUUAUAACAUCUAUCAAGAGUCAAUCCAUUGCACGUUUAAAGUCUGUAUCAGAAGGUUCAUUUAAAUAAAACUUGUACAUUAUGUUGUGUGAUUUGAUAAAAUAAAAAGUUUUAAGACUUUAAUAGUUUGUAAUUUUUAUUACUGUUUUUUUAUUGUACUUUUAAAUAUUUAUAAAAUUUAAUCUGAAAGUAAAAUAUAUAGUUUUUCUAAAUGCUGUAUUCUACUGAAACAGAACUCUCUUAGUUUAUAUACAUCUGUUAACCACAUGGAUGGCAGGAAAUGACUUAUUAAAGUAUUGCAUUACUAAGCUUGUAAACUGCAUUGCAGUCUAGUAGCUUGAAAUGUGAAAAGCAGAUGUGAUACAUUUAUGGAGAAUACAUAGAAGACCUUCUACUGUUUUACGUAUAAGUUUCUACAUAGUAAUCAAUGUUAUGAGUGACAGUUGAAAGUAGUUCAAGGCCAAACAUGACAAACACAAAAGUUAAGGAAACAAUAUUAUAAUGUUAUAUUAAAAUUUCUACUUAUGAAACAUAGCCAGAAUUAUGGCUAAUAAUAAAAAUCAUGUAGAAGUUAUACAAGAAACAUUCCUUACAUUAACUGAAGAUUUUUUGAAAUAUGGAACAACAAUUCAUGAUCUAAAAAUGACCAUUGCUACAAUGGAUAAUGUUAAAAUGAAUAAUAAUAAUAAUAAUGCAUAUUAUAUAUAUUUCAGAAAAGUAUUUGUUAUUUUAUUAUUAUCUGUUAUUUAUGGCCUACUUGUCAAAUAUUCAUACAUUGAUAUUAUUAAAAAAAGUUUUUAUGGAACCCGUUGUUUUAUACCAAACAACUAUUUGAUAUGGGAAUUUACAAGACCAAUAUCAAAUUGUGAUUAUUGCCGUAAUAUUGAUAUGCCAAUAAUAUUGUCGAAUGUGACUAAGAAGGAAUUUGAAUUGUAUGCUUAUUCAUCGCAACCUAUAAUAAUAAAAAAUGCUGCUAGUCAUUGGUCAGCAUCAAAAGUAUUUAAUUUCGAUUUUUUUCAAAAUCUAUAUGAACAUAUCGAAGGUGCUUAUGAAUCUAUAGAGGAGGAAUGUCAGUUUUUACAUUUCAAAAGUGACUUUAGUAGUUUGCGCGAAGUUUUUGCAAUGAGUAAACAAAGAGCAAUGAAUCAAGAAGGUGAAAAUCCUUGGUACAUUGGUUGGAAAAAUUGUCAUCCACAAAUUUUAGACAUCAUGAAACAAUUUUAUGAUGUGCCAAAGUUUUUUCCAAAUGAUGCAGAAAUCCCACAUACAAAUUAUAUUUUUAUGGGUUAUGAACAAGGAGCUAAUAUGCAUCUAGAUUAUAUAUCUCGACUGAUGUGGCAAGGACAAAUUGUAGGUAGUAAAACAUGGGUUGUUGCACCAACUCCUGAAUGCGACCAUGUUUGUAAACAAUUUAACUUCUCUGUUGAUACUGGAGAUAUCAUUCUUUUGGACACAAGAAUAUGGUAUCACAGUACAUACAUAGAAAAUGGAAAUUUUAGUUUAACUAUUACUUCUGAAUACGGGUAGAUAAAAAUAAUUUAUAUUGUAAAUAAUUAAUUUUAUAUUGUAAUAAUUUUCUUGCCGCUUUCUAGCUCCAAUGCCUCUUUUAGUACAAAUGGAUAAGUACCUUGCAAAUUAAAUACUACUUGUCAACUAUUUUCUAAUAUUUCAGAUUUUUAAAUGUUUUAGUUUAUUAAAAUCAUACUAAAAUAUUUAUGCAAUACUAUAUAAAAUUAUAUUCUAUAUUAUAUAAAGCUAAAACGUGCCAAUUAAAAUCACGUAUAAGUAAUUAAUAUUUUAUUAAAAUUAAACACAAAUACUGUUGAUGAUCAGUAUUUUAUUAAAAAAAUUCUACUUUUAUAUAUUUACAGCACUUUUUUAAAAAAAAGAUGCCAUAAAUGU